AUGGUCGAAUACGCAACCUACCCUAGCCUCCGCGACAAAGUUGUCCUCAUCACCGGGGCCUCCGAAGGCAUCGGGGCCGCAGCCGUUUCCCUCUUCUGUCGACAAGGAUCCAAAGUCACCUUCCUCGACUUCUGUGAACCAUCCGCCACCGCACUGAUCUCCAGAAUCCAAGAGGAAAUCCCCGACGCGCCCCACCGACCAACUUUCAUGCACUGCGACGUGACCGAUCUCCCCCGCCUCAAAGAAUGCGCCGAAUCCGUCCUCGCCAUGCACGGCACCGUCGACGUGCUGAUCAACAACGCCGGCGCUGUUGUUGCCGGAAGCCGGGGGCCGACCGCGCACAUCACGCCCGACUCGUUCGAUUACGAUAUUGCCGUCAACUUGCGACAUCAGGUUUUCUUAACGCAGUACGUUGUCCCUGCCAUGCAAGCUCAAAAGUCGGGAAGUAUCAUUAACCUCGGCUCGACGACGUGGCGGAUCCCCAAUGUGAGGGUGCCUGUUUACACGACGGCCAAAGCGGCGACCUUGGGAUUGACCAGGACGCAUAGUCGGGAGUUUGGGACCGAUGGGAUUAGGGUGAAUAGUGUGUUGCCCGGGGUGGUGGGCACGAAGAGGCAGGUGGAUGAGAUUAUUACCGAGGAGUUUAGGAGGAAUACGCUGCAGGCGCAGAGUUUGAAGCGGUUGAUUGUGCCUGAUGAGGUGGCGAGUUUGAUUUUAUUCUUGGCGGCGGAUGAUUCGAGUGCGAUUACGGGGAGUAACUAUGUUAUUGAUGGGGGUUGGGUUGGGGAUCCGUGA